UCAUUCCAAUCUUUUUGCAAUUGGAAUUUUGAAACUUAAUUACAAAAAGGAAAUGGAUCAAGAAACAUACCAAAAACUAAGAGAACGCGUGGUAUAUUUCCUAAAGCUGUUGAAAACGAUAAAGUCAAAGCGUCUAACUCGUUGGUCUGUUGAAGAUCUUCGCAAUGCUGUCAAAUGGGCUAAACUUAUUGAGAAACAGUUGGAAACUAUUCCAACCCAAGUUGUCGAUGAGAUUCUACGGCAAGAAUAUGCUGGAGUAGAUAGUGUAGCGUUUCGUAAUAGUCGCAAUUUGCUGUGGGAGAGUCUUUUGGAGAAUCCUGCAGUGGCACAGCAACUUUUGGAUUCCAUGUUUUCUGUUAGUGAAGAUCUUGAAGAAACAGAGGAUUCCUUUUUACAAGUUUUAGCUGAACAUGUUUCAAAGAGUUGUAUUUACGAAACUUGUUGUUGGACCAUGCAGAGAGAACUUUCCACGAGCCCUUGUUUUUAUCUUUUGAGUUUGGUGGAUCACUUAUGUUGCAAUAGGAAUUGUGACGUCGAGUAUCAUUCUUUUUUUGGAAAUUCUGCUCCACCUGACACGAUCAUUUGUUCUCAUUCCGUAAGUGGUUUCUACCAGAGUUUAGCAUACGGAGAAGCCAUAGUUGUUCAAGAACAACAAUACUUUAACAAACAUGGUAACUUGCUACUGGAACUGAAAUGGAAGGAAGUGGCGAAAGAUGGUUCACUUUUGCAUCUUUUUCUGAGCAUAUUGUUAGUUGUUCAUGAGAAACGUCCAAAUGACGAAAAUGGCAAUGUUGUUUCGAUUUCUGAAACACAACAACAUGUUAACUUUUACAGUCAGUUGGAGCAACAGGUUCAGGUAUAUGUGUCUUCCAUCUUUUCUAGUAUUGACUGGUUGGAGCAAAAUCCUAUUGUUUGUGUAAAAGUGGCAGAGCACAAUCCAUGGUUUGCGAACCUGUUGAUUCCUUAUGUGUUGGAUUUUCUCGAAGAUACUUUGGGAAGAUACAAACUACAAAAUAGUUCAUUGGAAUUUUCUAAUUUGACUUUUGGAAUGCAACGAGCUGCAAACAUGUUGCAACUUGUUAUCACGAAAAGGUAACUUUUAGUAACAUGAGAAAGGUGCACAUU